UUUACGUCUUAUAAAUAUACCAAACCUGUCUCAUUGUUCUCACAUCAUCAAGAAAAAUCUGAGAAGAAGAGGCAAUCGAGAAUUCCACAGCUAGUCGUCAAACCAAAAGAUUAUAUCCGAUUAAGAAAGAAGAGAGAGAUGGCAUUGAUUCCAAGCUUCUUUGACAACCAACGAGGCAGCAGCAUCUUCGAUCCAUUCUCAUCAUUAUACAUCUGGGAUCCAUUCAAGGACCUACCCCCCUUCAUUUCCUCUUCAAACUCUCUCUUUUCUCGUGAAAAUCCAGCUUUUGUUAACACCCGUAUUGAUUGGAAAGAGACCCCAGAAGCCCAUGUCUUCAAGGCAGAUCUUCCGGGGCUUAAAAAGGAGGAGGUAAAGGUAGAAAUUGAAGAUGACAGAGUGCUCCAGAUUAGCGGACAGAGGAACGUGGAGAAGGAAGACAAGAACGACACAUGGCAUCGUGUGGAGCGUAGCAGUGGCAAGUUCUUGAGGAGGUUCAGGCUGCCUGAGAAUGCCAAGAUGGACCAAAUUAAGGCUUGUAUGGAGAAUGGGGUUCUUACUGUCACUGUGCCUAAGGAGGAAGUCAAGAAACCUGAUGUCAAGACUGUUGAAAUCUCUGAAUGAGAUAAUCAAUCCGUACUUGUAACAUCUGAAUGUGUCGUCCUUUAUAAACUAUACUAGGAAUCUUGGUCUCCCUGUUAGCAUUCACAUGCCUUCAGUGUAUUGCAAUGUAAGAUUACAGUUUUGUUAAUCAAAUUUCCUGUCUUCCUUGUGAUUUUCUGAA